UGCAAAUGAAUUGGAAUAGGAAAUCCGAGGGAAACUAACUUCAACCGUUGAUAACUUCAUUAACAAAUUGGAUCCGAGAUGCGCCGAACUAAGAGCAGCUAGUUGUAAAUUAUUCGUGAAUAUUCAUGGAGCGAAAAACGUUUCAAAAACACUUUAAAAGGCGUCUCAUAAAUUUCCCGGCCCGACGGUUUUUUUUUUUUAAUUUAAUACCAUUAUACAAAUUAUUUAUUCCCUGUGGACUUGAAAUUAUUUAUGGCCCACGGAAAGUGAUUUUUGCAUUUUUAAGUGAGCUCAAGCAUUUGAUUCCAUUUGGGCGAAGCAGCAGCCUUUGCUUGUGAGACAAUAUAUCUAAAUUCCAAGUGAGAGGAGGAUAUAAAAUGACCGACCAUUCAGCCCAUCCAAACGAGGAGGAGGUGAUUGGGGACAUCUACAUGUCCCUACUUUCGCGACAUGCGCACAGAUAUCCGGAGGAUGGAAGCCACAAGUCGUGGGUCCUGCCGCGCAUGAUGGUUCUGUUCGCCAGUGGGGACAUGGAUCAGGUUAUAGACGCCAUAGUCGCGGACAUGAUCCACCCGAUUGGCACUGAACUGGUGGCCAGUGUUCUGGUCGAGGAGUCCAUACGGGACGAGAUGAUCAAGAAAAUCCGAGCCAACUUGAAGCCGAUGAGCGAGCGCAUCCAACACCAUCCCAAUUACCUGAAGACAGUGAAGCUCAUCGACCGCAUGAACUGCUCCACCAUUCACAUCGAGGAGUUCGAGGAGUCGGAUACGAAGAAGCGCUAUGGUCGCCGGAUGAAGGGAUCCCCUCUGAUAGUCUUGGAUUUUCCCCAAUUCUAUUUCGGCGACAAGCCGACGGCCGUAAUGACUUUGAGCACCUUCCGAAAUAUGAAUGAGGUGGUUAAGUUGCAUUCGCGCGAAGGUCUGAACUUCGACAGUAUUUCCGUGUGGUCAGCCAAGUUGGCCCAGUGCUUCGACCUGCUCACCAGGGUGCACAAGGUGGACCAGUGGACCUUCAACUGCACCAAGGAAUCCAUCAAGGUUCCAAAACUGCCAGCUCAACCGACCACCACAGUUAUGAUCGUCAAAAACAUUCACUACGAAGUCCACGUCAUUGGCGGAAAGAUCAAAACUAUAGCGUUUCCAAUCGUAGAUACUUCUUGAGCUGUGCUUUUAUAAAUGUAUUCCAAGGCAGUAACACACGCUUUUGUCCUGUUUUUGUAAU